CAAGAAAAUCAAUAGAGAAAAAAUCAAUACAUACUGCUAUAGAAACUCAACAUAAACAAAAAUGAAUUUGGAAUGUUAAAGAAGUAAUGUAAAAUAGUUGAAUUAAAAUGGAGUUGGAAUUAUAUAGAAUUGAUUACACAGUUGUUGGAGUAACUUCAAAUAAUUGUAUGAAAUUGAUACCAUCAUCUUGCAGAGAACAACAAAAGAUUGCUGUAGCUGAUAACGAUGGAGUACUCCAAGUAUUUUCGGUUAAAAAAGAAGAUAUUCAAUUGCAUUUUAAAACUUUACCAGGUUCAAAAAUAUCCUCAUUGCAAUUAGCUGGAGAAUAUGAAAAUUUAGCAGAUAAAAUGUUCAUCGCAUCAGAAAAUGAAAUAAGAGGUUACACAAAAAAAGGAAAAUUAUUUUUAAGUUUUGACACAAACUUAACAGAACCGAUUAUUUCAAUGUAUAUCUUAGGAAACGAUCUCUUCGUUUGUGGUAAACACAUUUUUAAUCACUAUAGAGAUUGUAAAGAUAUCGGUUCUUAUUUAUGUGGCGAUUGUAUCGUGGAUGUUCUGACUUUUCAAUCGGAGAAAACGAAACGAUUAAUUUCAUUAAUCGCUUGUGAAGGUCGAAUGAUUAGAGCAUUGGAACAUGCGAGAGUUACAAUUAGUGUUGAGGUUGAGGCUGCUCCGACAGUUUUAUAUUUAUUAGAACAAAAUGGGAGGCAUAUUCUUUUUGGAACAGUCGAUGGAAGGAUUGGAAUUUUAGAUGUUGAAAGUAAUCAACCUUUUAAAAGGUGGUUGAUUGAUAAUAAAAAAUUUUCUAGUGGGAUUUCAACGAUUUAUUCUUAUGAUAUAACUGGGGAUGGAAAUAAAAAUUUAUUUUUGGGGCGAAACGAUGGGAACAUUGAGAUUUACACGAUUAAUAUUUUAGAUGAGUUAGAUACAUCUUAUUUGUUAUUCGUUAAUAAUUGUAAUGAAAGUGUUACUUCAAUACAAUGCGGAUUUGUUGGGAGUAUUUAUCACGAAGAAGUUCUUAUUUGUACUUACACUGGAAGAAUUUUUGGGUUAACUCCUGAAAGUAACGAAAAAAAUAUUGCGACAGAUACAAUAAGUGGAAAUUACAGUUAUUCUUCUGAUACUAAAUUAAAAAUUUCUAAAUUAAAAUUAGAAUUAGAAGAACUUCAAAUAAAGGUAACUAAAGAACGUGAAAAGUACCAAACAGCGACUUUAUCAUAUUUAGACGACAUCACAGUAAUUCCAAAUUGUCCUAUAAAGGAUUCGAUGGUUCUUUCGAAAUUGGGAGCCUCUUACGUUUUAUCUUUAGAGGUUUCAAUGCCGAUAGAUAACAUUCUUCUUCAAAGUGAUGUUCCAUUGGAUUUAUUGGACGUUGAAAAAAAUUCCGCCGUUGUUAGUUAUUGCAACAACAAAGAUGAUCGAAAUUAUUUAUUGGCUACAUAUCGUUGUCAAGUGAAUACUAAUCGAUUAGAAGUGAAUGUAAGAACAAUUGAGGGCCAAUAUGGAAUUUUACAAGUUUAUAUAACCCCAAUUAUACAACCAAAGUUUUGCCAAGUUCGGUUUUACGAAAUAAAACCUUUAAGUUUGCAUUUGAGAAUACAUCAUUUCGAAGAAAAUAAACCAUUCAACACUUUAACAAUUAAAGGAAGUUUUAGUUUAGCUGAAAUGCAUUCUUGGGUUUAUCAAUGUUUACCGGAAGUGCCUGAAAAACCUCAAUUAAUCGAAAAAACUGAGUUGUAUUUUCAAUCGACGUUUUUGGGAACUAUUUUAUAUUGUAGUUAUUGGAAAGGAGAGGGUGUUUUUAAGUCAGAUAACGUAUCAACAAUAUCAAUAUUAAAAGAAUUUAUGUCGAAAGAAGCCACCAAGAAGAAAAUUAAAGUCGAUAUAACAGUUUUUAUAAAUGAUGAAAGUAUUAAUCACGUUUUAAAAACGAUCGAACCCAAAUUAAAGGACCAUAUUGAUUUGGUAACAAAAGUUUCAAUGUUGGAUGCGUUACAUGAACUUGAAGUGAAUGAUGAACAAUCUUUAAACAGUCUAUCACCAAAAUACAAAGAUUUAUUGGCUAAUGAAACUAAAUUAAGAGCAGAAUAUGUUCAACAACCUUCUUACUUGGAUCGUUUUUACGGUGUAAUAACAGAUUUAUACGUAGAUUAUCACAAAUUAAAAGGAGUUAAUGUUAAAACAAAGGUGCCCAAAUUACUGAAUUUAUUAGAUAACUUUGAUUAUGAUACAGUUUUAGCAGAGUUUAGGCCUGAAAUUGUUAAUUAAUUAAUAACUAAAUAAACCAUGAUUUUUAAUUA